GGCCGCAAUAGCGAUGGGAAAUUCACAUGUACUUUGGAAAAUCAAAUGAAAGCCUCAGACAACUACGAGCGAUAUGGGAGAAACGAAAAUUAUCUAAAUUUGGAAAUUCUCACACCACCAACGGCACCAACCAUAAGUUACAACGGUAAUCACAUUCUAAAGAGUAUCACCAUCAUCGAGGGAAAAGACUAUGACUUUUACUGUACUAGUGUCGGAAAACCAUCACCUCAGAUUAAUUGGCAACUGUUGAAUAGAACGACUGAACAUCACGUAUUACAAAUCCGUAAUGUUGGCGCAUUACAAAACACGACAAUCAAAUGUUGCGCCAAGAACCACAUGAUACCAGCAGUUGGUGUUCCGGAGCAUGGAUCUGAAUGCAAACAUCUAAAUCUGAAUGUUUUACAUAAACCAAAGUUUGCUUUCAAUGACGCGUAUGCUGUAACAGAGAACGAUUCGUUCAACAUAACAUGUACAAAACAAAACAUUAACACGGUUAUCACGUGGCUGAGGCAAGGAGACGAGGAUUGGUCAGAGAGCCACAACACAAUAUACUGGACAGAAGUCAGAAGGGAGAACGCUGGCAAUUAUACCUGCAAAUUACGAUAUUUGAUCACGGAUUCGUUUAAUCAUUCCAUCAGCGGCGACUCUGAACAUUCAUUCCAUUUAAAUGUUGAAUAUCCAGCGAGUGUAAUUAACUUUGAGGCUGUGGGACACAGUGACUCUGUCGUUGUAAAUGAGAACAAAAGCGUGACCUUCAGAUGUAACGCCACAGGGAAUCCUAGUCCAACGAUACGAAUAAAGAACAACAAUCGUGUACUAAAGCAACGAAAUGCGAUUUCUCUCGGAAAUAAGGAAAUCAUGACAUGCGCACACACGGGAAAAUAUUCGUGCUAUGCCAGGAAUAUCAUAAACGAAGAAGAGUCAACAUCUAAAGACAUCGACGUUUUCGUUAUGUGCUCACCUCGACCUGCUUCAAACAUGCUUUCAGAGUUUAACUUCACGACUAAUCUACAUUUAACUGUAAUACUGAACUUCACAGUAAUUGCGUAUCCAGAACCACAACCUUCAGACUAUGUUUGGAAGAAAUGUGAUGUUGAAGAAUCGAAUGGAACUUUUCAAUGCUUCCCACUUGUUGACGAAAGGCACUUUAACGUCUCGAUAGUUGAUUUAACCUCGUAUCUAACGAUUUCAGAUUUCACUCAGCAUGAUAUUGGUCGCUAUAUGUUGUCUGUAGAAAAUGGUGUUGGUGACGCGUGGAAUCAGACGUUUUUCGUCUGGAUCAAAGCUGCCAGUUCUGUCACCACACACAACUCGGAUGUGCUGCUACCGCUAAUUGGUGCUGGCGGUGGUGCGUUAAUGUUCCUCGCAACAACGGUACUCGUAUGCGUUUGCAGAAAACGGAAAAUGCGAGAUAACUCUGUGGCAAACAAAAGACAGAUCAACGUAGCGGAAGAGGUCAAGGUGGCAGUGCGUAGUUGUAAGACAGGAAAAAAGCCGGGUGUGGACAACGUCCAUUUCGAGCUGAUUAAGCACGGUGGAGUGGCAACGACUUCAGAAAUGACGGCACUAUGCCACCGCAUAUGGGAGGAGAAGAAGUGGUCCAAGGAGUGGACCCAGUCACUGCUCUUCCACAACUUCAUCGACUUUACGAAAGCUUUCGACCGCGUGUGGAAUGAUGGCGUAUGGCCUGUUAUGAAAGGAUUCAUCACUGAAGGGCUGGUGCAAAUCAUCAAAGAACUCUACGGAAACGCAAGCAGCGCAGCACUUCUUAAUGGAAAGCAGGAGGACUUCUUCAGGACAUCAGUGGGCGUCCGUCAUGGAUGUCUUCUCUCGAUCGUCUUGUAUAACCUUUUCCUUGAUACGACAAUGCAGGAGACUCUCCAUGGCCACCACACCUCUAUAUCAAUCAGUGGAAGACCCAUCUCUAUUUUACGAUUCGCCGAUGAAAUUGACCUCAUGAGUGGCACCAGCAGUGAAUUUAAAAAAAUCACCAACAGACUCUAUGAACGAACAGGAGCAUACGGGAUGGAGGUCAGCACGGAGAAGAUCAUGGUGAACAUUAUGACCAACACCAGUUCCAACAUCACCAUGAACGGCGAGAAACUGUUAUCCAUGGGGAUGCUAGAGAUAAGUCGACGUCGAGGCCGUCAGAAGAAAAACUGGAUGGACAAUGUGAACGAGGGGACAUUCCUUCCCAUGGAUGAAUUACACACAGCACACAACAGAACUGGCUAA